AUGCUGCCUCUCAAGCCGCAGCCAGAAGGCGGUGGCAACUCACAGCGAGCCCUGCAACAUGGGCCGAUAGCGAACAGACACUGCACGGACGUGCCGUGCUGCUGCCUUUUUCUUGGACACGCAGCUUUCUUUUGGUUCCUUGUGUCACAAGGCUUCCAACAAGGCAAUGUUCAGCAGCUCUACUUACCUCGAGACUUCCGGGGCGCGUUCUGCGGCCUUUCAGAUGGAGGCCCAAGCGUCGGCGCCAGCGUCGUGGCGUUCCCGAAGUUGUCUUUCACUAUGAGCCCUUCGGAGACGUUCGACAAGAUGGCCCUGGAGAUGCUAUGCUCCGCGGGUCGUGACAUGCUGGAUCCGCCCGAGCUCGCGCAGUAUUGUGACGGAGGCUCUUCGUUUUCUGUGGCCUCCGAUGCCUUGACGGCUUUGCAGAGCAGCCUUGCCGAUCCCUCGAAAGCGCUAAGCCAGCUCGCUGGCAACGGCAUCUUCCCAACACCGACCACUGUGCUGAGCCAGGCCAGCAGCUACCUUACGCCGGUAUGUGCCAGCUCCUGCCAAGCAAGUACGAAUCGCACGUUUUCCUAUAGCGCCCCACCAGGGGCUUCCUGGGCCGCUGCCUGGCAGCGCUUUGCCGCCUCCGGAGCAGCUGCGGGGCUCAGGUUGGAAUUCCCAGCGUGGAGCUCGGAGCAGUGCUCCUACGAUGCGCGCUAUUGUGUGCCGUUUCCCGGCGUGAGCCUGGAAGAAGGGCUCGAUGGCAUCUGCUUGCCAGCCUUGGACUCCGCCCUGGUUUCCGAGGUUGGCCAGGUGCUAACCCAGCAGUUGGAUGCCUUGGCCUCCCUCAACAUCACGCAAGGCGUCCUUCAAGACGUCCAGCAGUCAGCCGGCUCACUGAUGGUGACCUGGGAUGCCUUUGCCGUGGUCGCCUUCGGUGCCCUGGUUUUCGGCGUCCUCUACCUCACUCUUGUCCGCUUCUUCGCGAAGCCAGUUGUGUGGAUCUCGGUUUUCUUGAUCUGGGCUGGCUUCAUUGCUGCUGGCGUGCUGGCCGUCCUCUACGCCGUGAAGUGCCAAGAGGCCGGGCUUCUGGAGCCCGCGAAGCAGGGAGUCGCCGACGUCGUCGGCGCUCUGAACAUCACCGUCACCGACAUUGCAGGCCUCUCCAACUCCUCUUCUUCAAACGGAUGCGAGGACUUGGGUGGCUAUGUGCUGCAGAACGAGACUCUGCGCACUGUCUUGCAAGUUGUCGGUUACACUUUACUUGGCUUCGCUGCAGUCUGGUUAUUGCUGGUAGUGUGCCUACGUAAGCGAAUCCAGCUGGCCAUCGCCGUCAAUGAGGUGUCGGCGAAGUUCGUUGUGCAUCACCCGCAGAUGAUAUGUGUUCCGCUUUGCCAGUUCUUGCUAGUGGUGGCCUGGCUUGCAGUGUGGGUCAUCUGCACCGCGCUGAUCGUCGUCGGUGUCCCUGCGGACUACGUGCCCGACCAGGCCUAUGCCACAGAACUGGAGGCUGCUGGAAAUGCCACCACGCCGGGUGCCUGCACGAACAUGGUGCCGCCAGGUUUUGCAUAUGAGGAUGUGGCAACGUGCGUUCCGGACAACGUGACCUCCGUCCCUCUCUGCUGGCGAUGUGCAGCGCCGCGAUACACGAUGGGCUGGCAGUUUUGGUAUGCCCUAUUUGCGUUGCUGUGGCACAAAGCCCUGCUCGACGCCGUCUGCCAGUGCCUCAUCGCGGGUGCUGCCGGGGCCUGGUUCUUUGCCAGGCACGAGGAAAAGGCCUCGACGUUUGUGUUCUGUCCCGCGUUCACGAACGCUGUCUUCUGGCACUUGGGAAGUUUGGCCUUCGGCUCCCUCAUCCUGGCCAUUGUGCAGUGGCUGAAGUGGUUCAUGCGCUUCCUCUCAGAGCAAGCGAAGGCCAGCAAGAAUCGGGUCCUGCGCUUGAUCUUUUGCGUUCUGGCCUGCUGCAUCUGGUGCUUCGAGAAGCUCAUCAAGUUUCUCAACAAGAACGCCUACAUCCAGAUUGCGUUGAACGGCACGAACUUCUGUACUUCUGCCAGGAAGGCCUUCGAGCUGAUCUUGCGGAACAUCAUCCGUUUCGGUGCCCUCUCUAUGCUGGGUGCGCUGAUUCGUGGUGUAGGAACGGCUUUCACGUGCACUGCAACGGCAAUCACAGGAUAUUUCGUUAUGCAGGCGUUUUAUCCUGAGAUCAGUCCGAUCCUGAACAUCCUCACGUACGUCCUUCUGGGUUUCGUCACGGGCCGAUUAUUCCUGAACCUGAACUCGCUCAGCUGCGACACCAUCAUGCAGUGCUACAUUAUCUCAGAGGAGGCGGAGAUGAAGGACCGGUCAGAAUUUGUCCCAACAGAGCUGAAGGCUUUGAUGAAGGAUCAGGACUUGAAACACAGUGCUGACCAUGGAAGCUGCUGCUGCUUGCCAUGCUGCUGA